UGCUUCAAAGAGGCAGCUGCGUUAGAGAAUCAUGUUAAGCUCAGCUAAUGCGGAGGAGCCGAGGUAGCCCUAAUGAUGGAUUUUGAUGAGCGUGUUCCUUGUUCCUCUAACAUGUAUUUGCCAAGUUGUACUUACUACGUCUCGGGUCCUGAUUUUUCCAGCCUCCCUUCUUUUUUGCCCCAGACCCCGUCUUCUCGCCCUAUGACAUACUCCUACUCCUCCAACCUACCCCAGGUCCAACCUGUGAGAGAAGUUACCUUCAGGGAAUAUGCCAUUGAUCCCUCCAGUAAAUGGCACCCCAGGAACAAUCUGCCCCACUGCUACUCCGCAGAGGAGAUCAUGCACAGAGACUGCUUGCCUGCCACCAACACUGCUAGCAUGGGCGAGAUGUUCGGCAAAAACACAGCUAACGUCUACCACCCCAGCACCAACGUCUCCUCCAAUUUCUAUAGCACGGUGGGCAGGAACGGGGUCCUACCCCAGGCUUUCGACCAGUUUUUCGAGACGGCUUAUGGCACGGCGGAAAACCUGGCCUCGGCGGACUACCCGGUAGACAAGAGUGGCGAGAAGGCGACCGCGGCCGCCGGGGCGGCGGCGGCGGCAACUUCAAGUUCGGAGGGCGGCUGCGGCAGGGCGGCGGCGGCGGCGGCGGCGGCGGCGGGGGAGAAGGAGAGGCGGAGGCGGCCGGAGAGCAGCAGCAGCCCCGAGUCGUCUUCCGGCAACAAUGAGGAGAAAUCCGGCAGCUCCAGUGGACAACGUACCCGUAAAAAGAGAUGCCCGUACACCAAAUACCAGAUUAGAGAGUUAGAAAGGGAAUUCUUCUUCAGUGUCUACAUAAACAAAGAGAAACGCCUCCAGCUCUCCCGAAUGCUCAAUCUGACCGACCGCCAAGUGAAAAUAUGGUUUCAGAACAGAAGAAUGAAAGAAAAAAAAAUUAACAGGGACCGAUUACAAUAUUACUCAGCUAAUCCACUACUUUAAAACUCAUAGCGUUUUUCAAGACGAGAUUAAA